UUUAAUUGUCGUGCCCCUGGAUGCAUCGGCAGCGUCGUCUAACGCAGUAUUUAGGGUUUUACUCCGCUCAUUACGGCUCUGGUCGACGUCGGCGUCUAGGGUUCCCUCCGGCUCCUCCAAGAGUGCUAUUGCGAUGGCUCCUUCGCAGCCGAACAGUGGUCUCUUCGUUGGACUCAACAAAGGGCACAUUGUCACCAAGAGGGAGAUCCCUCCUCGCCCUUCGAGUAGAAAAGGGAAAACUAGCAAGAGAGUGCACUUUGUCAGGAGCUUGAUCAGAGAAGUAGCUGGGUUUGCUCCCUAUGAGAAGCGGAUUACUGAGCUUCUGAAAGUUGGAAAGGACAAGCGUGCAUUAAAGGUGGCAAAAAGAAAGCUCGGCACUCAUAAGAGAGCAAAGAAGAAGCGUGAGGAGAUGGCUAAUGUUCUUAGGAAGAUGAGGUCUGGUGGGGUGUCUGAGAAGAAGAAAUGAAACCAAGCAGUCACAUGCUUUUCUUCUCGGCAGGAGGAAGCUUAGAUUACACAAUUCUGAUUAAUCUUUGAGACAUUUAUGAUGUUGCUUUCCAAGGAGAGACUUUUUAACCGAGAUUCUACCUUCUUUCAUUCUUGCUCAUCGCAGCAAACUUGGGUUUUUGAUGUUAUUUCGCGACUUCCACUUUUUUCAGUGUUGUUCUGCAUUAUGUGAUGCGCAAAGAGUUGUGAAAAAUAUUGAGAAAGUUGUUCUUCCUUGCUGGCAUCUUCAACAACAGCAGUAAUGUGAUUCUUUUACUUAUUA